UCUGCUGCUGCGUCAUGAAAUGAGCAACUGAAAAUUACAAAGUAAAUUUAUUUUCCACACAUUUCGUUUUUCUUUUGGCCUUACACAAAAUCCAAAUAUUUAUUGGUUCCGCUGAUUUACUUGAUACCAAAAUGCCGCAAAUUGCCAGACCUCUGAGUACGGGCUGGAAAUGUCUUCUGGCCCGGAAAUACGACGUAAUUCCGUUCAAUAAAGCCUUCUUUCAUCGCUCCAAUAAGUUGUCCAGAAAGGAUACGGGAUCCCCACGGGAUCCCAUGGACUGUCCCAAGACAAAGACUACGGAAUGCCUGACACUCAAGAAACGCAAAUGCAGUCCAACCGAUCCACCAGUUAGACCGUGCAGCGAAAAGGAUUGUGAACAGCAGCCAAAAAUAUCCUGCUGCAGGAAUACGUCUCUCUCCAAGGAUGUUUGCCAGCCGUCAUCGUAUAAGGACAAGAAGAAGACCCACAAAUGGGAGUCGAUGUGGGAGUCGACGCCAAUGAACAUGAAAACGGAGACAGCUCUAAUGUGGGAUUAUCCAGCCGAGUGUUGUCCCAAAUGCGACGAUGUUCGCUUCGAUGUGCUCUACUAUCGACCCUCGACCAAGAAGCAAGAGUACCAACGCACAUGGUGGGAGUGCUGUCCUCGGAUGGUUCCCAAGCGCGUCUGCUGUUACUGUGAUGCCAUUCCGCCCGAGAAGACGCGACGCUGCCUGCCCCUCUGUCCGCGCACCGCCUGCAAUCAGGACCACGAGGCGAAGCGUCUGAAAUGUCUUAAUGACAAGAGCAAGGACUGCAUGCGCUUGACCAUGCCCUGUUGUCGGGCUGCUCGAGUGCCGCCCGUCUGUAAUAUUGUGCGUCGUCCCUUGGACUGUACCAAGACGAAGUGCCCGUUUCCUAGCUACUCGGAGUGCCAGCAAAUGGAAGCCGCUAACAUUCCACAGAGGCCGCCACAGUGUCGCUGCUUAGACCCGCCAUCCCAGUGCGAUUCGGUGCGCGCGAAGGCGAACAUGACUCACGAGCAAUUGAGAAUGUGCCCAUGCCCCAAAUGCCCUUAAUCUGUAUCAAUAUCAUGAUGGAUCAGUACUAUGCAAAUCGUUAUGAACUGUUGUAUUUAUGCUGCACAACCAUUUCGCAGUAUCUAUAAAACAGUUUGAAAUGAUUUGCUUGCAAUUUCAGAAAAUACUUUGAAUUCAAUAGCUGAAGGGGGAACCAAUAAAUACAAAAGUCAACUAUCA